GUUCACUUCACGGACGAAACCUGAAAAGCAGUUAGUGGUAGGAGCAGUGCAGGCGUGCGCCGGCGACGGGCAGCCAGCAGCAAGAGAGUAUCUUAUCCCGCUCCCGCUCCCCAAACUCCGCCUGGAUUCCCGCAACCUUCCCGCGCCAACGGAUCUCGAAAACCCUCCUGUAGUCGCUAUGUCGCAGAGAUUUAGCCCUCCUACCCCUUCUACCUCUCUUCUACCUCACAUUUAGUUCUCUAGUUUUGAGCAAUCCGCCAUGGUUGUGCUCUGAGCGAGAUAUGGAGAAUGGAGAGACGGACGCUCUCGACGAAGAUCCCUCACAGCACGCGCAUAGAUAUCAGGAGCGACAACAGCCCGCCCCGUCGCACCACGUCGCCGCUGUCGACAGUGCGACGACCCUUGCGACGUUUUCACCCGUCGGCUCGUCGCCUCGCGCCGGUGCGUCGUCACAUCAUGGUCCGAGCGUCGGCGGUGGCGCUAGUGGCCCCGCGUCACAGACCACAGGUCAGCCCGCUGAACGCACCGUCUCACCUCACGCGCCAGCAUACGCCCAGGGGCCGCCAUCUGUAACUCUCCAGCAACAGCUGAACCAGCAAGAGCUGCAGCAACAGCCCCAGCAAGUAUGGCAGCAGCAGCAGCUGCAGGCACAAGACCCAGCAGCAUUCGUUCUCGAUCGCCAAAGGGUACAGCCACGUGAUUUAGGGUUUCAAUUGGAUGCUGUCGCUGCUCCAGUGACGCUGGCAACACCAGCAGCAGCACAAGCUAGGUCGGAAGGAGGGCAAGUAGGGAUAGAGGCUGCUGAGGUUGUGGGAGUGAGAACAACGCUUGCAUCUGUUGCACCAGGUCCGGGAUACCACGCAUCUGAAACAAGAGUUGCAACACCAGUUCUUGCCAGUUCUGUUGUGCCGCCUGCUGCUGCUCCUUCUGCUGCUGCUGCUGCUGCUGCUGCUGCUGUGGCGUCUGGAGGAGGUACAGCUGUUGAGGGCGACAGCAGUGAUACCGGGGAAACGAUCACUGGUGCGCUGCUGCAGCAGCAAGCAGCACGCGGCGCAGCAGGAAGUCGUUCGUCUCAGCCCGUUUUCCUCGCUGCUGCUUCUUCUCCCCCGGCUUCCAGCGUGGCCUUUGCUGCUUCACACGGCCCCGCUGUGUGUUUCUCGCCCCACCGGCGUUCUUCAGCGCCACAGGCUUGUUUGACAGCUGUGGCAGCAAGUGUGGCUAGUCCCAACGCAGCAGCAGGGCCGCUCAUUGCGUCGGCUGCACAUGCCACCAGCCUGCAUGCCCCGCCUGCCACUUGCUCACCCAUUACAAGCCCUGUUGCGAAGCAGGUUCCAAGUCCCGUUACUAGUCCUAUUACAAACCCUGUUACAAACCCUGUUACAAGUCCUGUUACAAGCCCUAUAGCGGAUAAGGUCGGUGCAGGGCCUGUGGGCACUGGUGGUACAGGUCAGCUGCACGGCUCACUGACUGGCACUGCUGCCUCCCAGCAUGCACCUUCGCCAGCACCAGCAGUGGCGGCAGGAGCAGCAGCAAGAGCAUCGCCAGCAGGAGCCGCAGGAGGAGCAGGAGCAGGGAAAGGGAGCAGUGGCGCCCAGUUACCCAGUGCGAAACUAACAGCAGGAGGAGCAGAGAGUGCGUCGCAGCUUGGCAGAGGCGGCCCCUCCAACGAGCCGAGACUCAGGGACGUGCUCAGCGACCCGCUCACAGGUCGCCUGCUCGAUGACGCGGUGGUGGGGUGCUGUGGGCAUUCUUUUGGAGGAGCAACGCUCGCAGUCGUGCGCGAAUCGAGCACGUGUCCCGAGUGCGGCGCGCACAUCGACCCCGCCACGCUCACCCCCAACCUCACUCUGCGUGCCGCCGUCGCUGCCUUCCGCCGCGAGUCCAGCUCCCUCGCUGCGGCCGCCAUGGCUGCUGCUGCCGCCGCCGCUGCUCAGCUCUCUGCCGACACCCCCAACCACCACCACGCCUCCUCCACCUCCCAGCACUCCCCCUCGCUCUCCUUCGCCGUCGCUGCUGCGGCCGCUGCUGCCACGGCAGCCGGCUCGCCACCAGCCGCCAUGGGCAGAGCGGGCCCCUCUCUCCUCUCCCCCUUCACUGCUGUGGCUGCCUCCCCCUCAGCCUCUAAACCCGCAAGCCCCCUCCAAACCUUGCCUGGUCCGGCCCGAACCAGCUACGCCGCUCCAGGCUCGGUAAACGCAGCAAGUCUCCGAGGUUCGGCCGAGGCUGGGCAGCAGGGUGCGCAGCAGGGUGGGCAGCAAAGCACCCACCCCGCACCUGUCCGCCCGGUUCGGUCGUCCAGCACGGCGCAGUUCCCGUUUAGAGUGAACGACAUCGUGCUUAUAAAGGGGAACAAGCGCACGCCGGAGCACUUCAUCGGGCGUAAGGCCAUCAUCACCACGCAGUGCCUCAACGGUUGGUACAUGGUGCGCACCCUCGAUGGCGCAGCGGACGAGGUGCGCCUGCAGUACCGGUCGCUGGAGAAGAUACAGGCAGCAGGCGGAGGGGCCGGAGCUGGGGGAGGAGGAGGAGGGGGUGUGGGGCGCGGCAGGGGAGGGCGCGGGGCGGGGAGGAGUGCGACGACAGCGUCGCCCAUCAGCACGCCGGUGUCGUUGUGCGGCAGCCUCUCCACGCCCAACGCCUCAGUCUGGACCGGUUCGGUGGCAGGUUCGGCAGCAGCUUCGGAUGCAGCAGGGGGUGCGUCUCGCUCCGUGUCCGUGUCUGGCGACUUUGGCAUGUGCAGCGGGCCAGCAGGGGAGGUGGAUCAAGGGGCCAUGUCCACCACGCCUAGAAGCGGCAUGUCCCAUGUGGCCCACAUGUCACAUGCCACUCACAUGCAUGCUGGCACUACGGCCACGGCACCUCAUACCAGCAUGUCAACACCACAUCACACCAUGUCCUCCGCUCACCGCAGCACAUCAACGGCCCCGCAGAGCACUGUGGUGCAUCCAACAGCCACCAGUGCGCCCACCACGCCUGCAUCCAUGAGCCAUCCUGCCACGCCUGUACCUGCCAGCCCAGGUUCGGCCGUACCUGCCAGUCCUGGGUCGGCCGUACCAGCAAGCCCAGGCUCGGUUGUAGGGGCGCAACGAGGCUCGGCCAUGGCUGCGAGUCCAGGUCCGGGCGCUUACCGCCCGUUGUUCCAAACUGGCCGGGGGUAUGUGGCGCAGAGAGCCGAUCCGGGAGGAGGUUUGGCAGUUGCAGGAGUGACAGGGGCAGGAGGAGCAGGAGCAGGAGGAGCAAUAGGAGCAGCAGGCGCAGCAGCUGAGGGAUCCGUUGUCAUGGGUGAGGGCCCGAGGAGGGUCGGCACAGCACAGGUCACGAGCUUCGGCGUUCCAAAGGCAGCAAGCUCUGCCGCAGCAGACUCGUCAGCAGCAGGAGCAGCAGCAGGCGGUUGUGUGACUGCAGGAUCGGCCGGGACGGUAUGUAUGAUGGUUGGUGGUCCGGGAAGGGGAGGAGAGGAGCAUUCUCUGGUGGGCAGUCAGGGGGCAUGCGAGGCGGUGCAGAGGAACGAGUAUGGACAGCAAGUGAGCCAGCAGAUUGCAGGGCAGCACGUACUGCAGCCCAUGGGACAGCAGGGUCACAUGGGGCAACAGGGUCACAUGGGUCAACAGGGUCAAAUGAGUCAACAGUGUCACAUGGGUCAACAGGGGCAACAGGGUCAGCAAUGUCAAGGGAGUCAAGGGUAUGGGCCUACGGGCCAGCAGCAGUUCACGGCUGCACCAGGGCCAGGGCCUCAACACGGGGGCGUGGAGAUGGUGCAGGGUUGGAGAGGGGCGAUGCAGGGUCAAAGAGUCACUAUGCAGGGUCAGGGGCUUACAAUGCAGAGUGGGGGGGGAAUGGUUCAGCCUCAGGCGGUUGUGAGUCAGGGGCAGGGAGUUGUGAUGCAGCAGCAGCCGGGUAUGCUAGAGAAUCAGGGGGGCGGCAUGCAGGGGCAGGGAGGAGGGGUGCAGAACGCGAUGGAGAGCAAGCACCACAGCUACGGGCGUGGGCGCUUUCUUUCCGGAGCAGGCGACAUGCUGCCUGCAACCUCUGGAUAUGGCACUGGGCUGGUGCACACCAGGAGUGCGGAGCUGCUUGCCCCACCACCCAUGCAGAGCGCAGCAGCACAGCAGACCAUGGCAGCACAGCAGCUGCAGCAGCAGCAGCAAAGGGGCGCGUUCAUUGCACAACACCACGCGUUCACACAGCAGCAGCAGCAGCAGCAGCAGCAGCAGGGCCUGUUGGGGCAGGAGCAGAGUUUGGAGGCUCAGCAGCAGAUGCAGCGGCUGCAGUCCCGGGCGGCAUCAGAGGCAGAGGUGGAGAGGAGCAUGGGCGUGCGACGUGCGAUGGACUCAAGUUACCAGCUAGGGGUGAUGGGCUCGCAUGCACAGCCACAGGCACAGCAGCAGGCACAGACACAGGCGCAGCAGGAGAUGAUGCACUUGCGUGCGCAGGUCAUGAGCCCGCCGCUUGGCGCAGUCAGUCCGCGCGCGAGUGUGGUGAGCCCGCCGUCCAGCAUGGUCGGUGCGUUUCACGGCCUGCUGAGCCCGUCCUUUGGGGUCGUCAAAAGUGAGGCGCAGGGGCUGGAGGGGUUUUCUUUGGGGCAGCAGCAACAGGCUCUGAGCUCCCUGCAGCAGCAGCAGCAACAACUACAGCAGCAGCAGCAGCAACAACAACUGCACCAACAGCAGCAGCAGCAACAGCAGCAGCAACAACUGCACCAACAGCAGCAGCAGCAGCAGCAGCAGCAGCAACAACUGCACCAACAGCAGCAGCAGCAGCAACAACAACUGCAGCCGCAGCAGCAAAUACAGCAGCAGCAGCAGCAGCAGCAGCAGGUGCAGCAGUUUGGUGCAGAGGAGGUGAAGGCGUCAAUGCAUCUGCCUGAAAGUACCAUUGGCAGCAAGAGCGGCAUGGACAGCAGCAAGGGCUCGGGAAACGGCUGUGCCCCCCCUACAGAAGCAGCACCGAUUUCACCAGCACAGGCAUCACAGGUACUGCAGGCAUCGCAGGAAGCAAGGAGCCGUCUUCCAUCCCAGGAGAACUGGUUGCCAUCACCGAAGCAGCAGCCGCCGCAGGCGAUGCUGCCCGUGAUGCGAUCUGCUUCGCAGGGGAUGCAGAGGGCGACUUCAGCGACGCCUUUCCCUGUGAGUACGGUGACCUCGGUCUGGAGGACUUGUCACGUGGGGGGGGCGGCAUUGACGGCAGCGGGCUUGAGUGGUUCGACCAGUUCUGAGCAAGGAGAGAGGAGCAAUGUUCUCUGUACAGUCACUCCAGGUACAGGCACACUGCACACAUGCACUCUGGAUACAGCGUGUGCUACUGCAGCUAGGGAGGGCAGCCAGCCUGGGCGUCUAAAAGUGGAGGAGUUAGUCAACAGAAGCAAGCACUGCACCGAUUACAGCAUGGCUAGUGGCUGCUUGCCAGUGGGCGAAGCAUGGGAUUUGAGAGCUAUUACGACAAACGGAUCAGUUAAAGCAGCAGCGGUGGCAGCAGAAUCAGCAGCAACGGCUCCAGCAGCAACAGCAGCACCAGCAGCAGCAGCAGCAGCACCAGCAGGAGCAGCGGCAGCAGUGUGCGUGCUGCCUCGGCAGUUUCCAGCCCAUCAUCUCCCUUGGUCUACCGCUCGGGCUCUUUUCACAGACUCACUGCUCCCAGCUGAUGCCCGCUCCACAGCUCCUACAGCGUGCCAUGGCCUUGCCAAUGCUACCACUGCGGCUGCCACAAUUGCUGGCAAUGCUGCUGCUGCCAGCGCACUUGAUGGUGUUGCUGUUACUGCCAGUGUUAUGAACGCCCCUGCUGUUGCUGCAGGUUCUGCAGGGCCUUGUGGACAGGCUGCAGCUCAGCAUGCUGCUGCUUGGGCUGCUGCUGCUGGUGGUGCUGCUGGUGGCAAGGGCGCCUUGACAGGGACUGGUGUUGAGAACGGUGCAGGUGACGCUGGCAAUGGUGCCGAGGCUGGUGCUGGUGGUGAUGCGGAUGGUGAUGCUGGUGCAUGUGGUACUGGGGUGGACGGGGACUCUUGUGAUGCCAUUGCUGAUGCUGCUGCUCCUGGGACUCAUGCACACACAUCUGCGCAUGCAGCCAGUGCCAGCACACUCACAUCAGCCUGUGCUGCUCACAUUGUGCGCAGCCAUAACAUGCAUGCAGAGCCAGGCCAUCCCGUGCCACCGCGUCCACCUGUGAUUGCUGACAUUUAUCCACCUUCAUCGCCGUCUGAGGGACAAGGCUCACCACCACCUGAUCCUUCACCUGAUCCGUCACGUAAUUCAGCACCUGAUCCUUCACCUGAUCCUUCACCUGAUCCUUCACCUGAUCCUUCACCUGACCCACCUCCUGACCUACUGUUGGGUCAAACAGAGAAAUUGGGAGCAGAAGCAAAAGUCGUGGGAGAAGGGGAAGACGUGGGAGAUGGGGGCAGGCAGGAGGGACGGGGGGCGCAGGAAGGGGAAUCAGAUGGGCGUGGGGGGGAUGGGGGGCGGCGAGAGGAGGGGCGUGGGGGGGAUGGGGGGCGGCGAGAGGAGGGGCGCGGGGGGGAUGGGAAUGGGGGAAGGGGGGAGGAUGGCGAGGGCGGAGGGGGCGGUGAAUGGGAUGGAUUCGGGGGUGGAGGAGGUGGAGAAGGGGGGGAUGAGGGUGGGGAGAAAAGAGGGGAUGAUAAGGCAGAGGGUGAUAAGGGCGAGGGUGACGAGGGAGAGGAUGAUGAGGGCGAGGAGGAAGCAGAAGGCGAGGAGGAAGCAGGAGGCGAGGAGGAGGAGGAAAAGGAAGGAGAUGAGGAAAGGGAGGAGGAAGAAGUGCGAGAAGAACAGGCAGCAGAAUUAGGGGCUGAAGGGAAGCGGAGAGCAGGGGAGUGCAGGGAGGAGGGAGUGAGGAAGAAGAGGAGGCUAGGGGCAGGUUCGACGGGGCAUGCGGGCUCAACCCUUCGCACUGACGCACAGCAUGGUUUGGGUAGCGACAGCGUUGCGGAUGCUGCUGUGCCGCUGCAAGGGAUGACGGCGCUGCAGGAUGCCAUGGCGCUGGGGCUGGCUCGUUGCAGUGGGGGCGGGGGACCCUCGGGCUGCAGGCGCACGAACGGGGCCACGAGAGCACGAGAGCACGAGGGCACGAGAGUGGCAGCUGCGAGCAGCAGUGGCUCCGCCUCCCCCAAAAUGACGGCGCUUGAUCUGCUGAGGAGGAAGAGCCCAGCGCCCCCAUCCGUUGUCCUGCCGCCGCUGCCAACACUCGUGCUCACACCCGCACCACUUGCACCCGCACCACUUGCGCCUGCUGCAGUCGCACCACCAGCACCAGCGUUCCCUGCUCCAGCUGCUCUUUCCGCACCCCUUUUCUCACCAAGUGGGCCUGCACCAGUUGCGCCUGCACCAGUUGCGCCUGCAGCAACGUCCCCAGCAAGCGAGUAUGAGGGGGAGAACGCGGAGGACAACGAGGAGGGCAAUGCGGAGGGGAUUGAGGAGGGAAGUGAGGAGGGAGAUGAGGAGGGAGAUGAGGAGGGUGCGGAGGAAGGGGUGGUGGACGAGGAGGGGAAUGCUCAAGGUGCGGGACACGGGGGCGGGGAGGAAGAGGAAGAGGAAGCGGAGGGAGCAGGGAAGCAAGAGGAGGGCGAGGGGGACGGGGAGGAAGGGUGGGAUGAAGGAGUGAAUGAGAGGAGGAGGGAUGCGCACAGGAUGGUGGGAGACGGGUUUGGGCAAAGAUGCAUAGGCACGAGCGCUGGUGAUGGUGGCGGUGGCGGUGCUGGUGAUGAUGGUGAUGCUGAUGGUGAUGGUGAUGCUGAUGCUGAUGCUGAUGGUGAUGCUGAUGGUGAUGCUGAUGCUGAUGGUGAUGGUGGUAUUGGCCCGCAUAAAAUGGGUCAGCACAGGCUGGGCUUGAGGCAGGGGCUGGGUCGAGGGAAGGGGCUGCGUUUUAGUCAAACCAGUUUCCGUGAUACAGGCGAGGGUGGUGGUGAGGGGGACGUGGGGCUGGGCGUGGGGGUAGCUGAGGCAGGAGAGUGUGCUGCUGCUGCUGCUGCUGCUGCUAGUGCUGGUGCUGCUGGUGCUGGUGCUGCUGGUGCUGGUGCUGCUGCUGGUGCUAGUGCUGCUGCAGCCGGGCCGGCUAUGACUGGCGGGGCUAUGGCUGCGGACGGAGUCGCCAGUGCUGAUGAGAGUGAGGGAGAAGGGGUGUUGGAAGAAUUUGGUUCAGGAAGCGGGGGUUUGCAAGGAGUGGGAUUGGCGGUGGAGCGUGGAGGAGUAGGGAGUGAGAGACAACGGCCGUCCAUGGAGGGAAGCCAAGUGGGGGCAGCCAAGGAGGCGGGAGAGCAGCAGCAGCAACAGCAGCAGCAGCAGCAGCAGCAGCAGCAGGAAGAGGAGGUGCAGCAGGAGGAGCAGGAGGAGCAGAGGCAGGAGCAGGAGCAGUUUGGGAAGGCAUCUGAGGCAGGCAGAGAACAGCAAGAUGGAACACGCUUGGCUGCCGUCUCAGAUGCUGGCGCUGCUGGUGGUCAUGCUGCUGCUGAUGCUGGUGCUGGUGCUGGUGCUGGUGUUGAUGCUGGUGCUGGUGCUGGUAGGGCUGGAGCAGGGGAGCAGAGCAGAGGUCGCAUUGACAGACGAUUUGGCCGUGCACAGAAGAAGAGCGAUCAAAGUGUGCCUUCAAGCACGGACAGGGGGGGCAGGGAGCGUAGGGAGGAGGGUGAGGGUGGUGAGCGACGGCAGAUGAGGGAGAGUGAGGAGUAUGGCCAGAGGGGGGAGGGAGAACAGGGAGGGAAGAGUGAGGAGGAAAGACAUGGUGAAGGGGCAGGGGAGGGUGAGAACGCCGGAAAGGGAAGAGGCAGGAGUGUUUGUGGGCGUGGUACGGUUGAGGAUGGGAAGGAAGAGGCGGACGAGGAGAGGGGCGAAGCGGAAAGGGAGGGAGAGGAAGGAGGGAUGGCGAAGGAGACAGAGAGCAAAGAAGAGUGGGGCCAAUCAGGGGUAGACACGUGGCAGAGAGUAGAAGAGGAAGAGGUGAUACGUGUGGGGAUGGGAGGCACGGGAGAAGGACAAGGGGGCACAGAGUCAGAGGGAGAAGCGAGCGUGGGAAAGGAGGUGGGCAGGGGAAGGAGAGGGCGGAGGAGGGGGGGAGGGGUAAGAAUGAGAGGACGAGGAGGGAGGCAAAGGGGGGGUUUUCUGCAGGGGCCAGGUGGACGCCGCAUGUCCUUCAUGCGCAGCCCUCACGCUCACACAGGCCGCUUCUUCGCUCGUGCUCUUGCCCACUCACCUCCUGCCGCUGCUGCACUCACGCGCGCACACACGCAAACAUGGAAACAGACGCAGCAGCUGCAGCAGCAGCAGGAUAAGGGGGUUUGUGCUGCAGCUGGUCCUGUUGAUUCAACCCCAACAGCAGCAGCACCCAGCAGUGUGCGCCUCCACACCAAGCCUACGGCUGAUGGGCUGACCUCAGCUCCCUUCACGCGAGUAAGGGGGAGGGGACGGAGGGCGUGGGGCAGAGGGGUGGAGAUAGGAGCAGAGGAGAGCAGUCUGAGAAGGGAAGGAGGAGGGCAGGAGGCAGAGGCAGAUGGUGUGCGGGCUGAGGAGGGGGGUGUGAGAAGGAGGGGGAGGCGGAGGAGGAGCGGGAGGGUUAAGGAUGAAGAGUACUGCUGGGACACGGCUGAGGGCAAUGCGGAAGAGGAGGAGGAGGAUGAGGGGGAGGAGAAGGAGGAAAUGUGGGUGGUGGACGAGGAGGUAGACGAGGAGGAAGAGGAGGAAGAGUAUGAGGAGGAAGAGUAUGAGGAGGAUGAGUAUGAGGAGGCAGAUAACGAGGAGGAAGAGGAGGAAGCUGAGGAGGAAGAGGGAGGAGUGGGUAGUUUUGGCUUAGGCAAUGGCGGUGGGGAUGGGGACCGAAGAGCCUAUGAGCGCCGAGGGAUGGAUGCAGGUGAAGGCGAGAGGGCAGGUGAUGGGAUGGGAGGGGGCGAGGGGAGGGAGGGAGACAUGCAGCGUGAUCUGAGGCACAGGAGUCGGGAGCAGAGGGGACGGUAUGGAUGUGCCGAGACAUACCCACAUGGAAGGGUGGGAGGAGGCCUGGGUGCUGCAGGGGUGGCUGCAGAGAGUGGUGGAGGGCGAGGAGGAGAGCGAAUACGCGAGAGGGAUGUGGUUCGGCAGGUUCGGCGGGACAUGGCUCAAUUGGAGGCUCGGAUACCAUGGCUGGGCGUCAGGUCUGGGUGGAGGAACCGGAGAGCGGCGUGGCGGAGGGCCGUGAAGGACAGCUGCAACGCCCUGGACUUGCUGCAUCGCCUGCACGAGUUCCGCGCCUACCUCCUCCUGCGCGAUGCUGCUCUGCUCUCCGACCACCAGUGGGCCCUCCGCAUCACCACCGCCACUGCUGCUGCCGCUCGUAGCUCUUCUGCUCCAACUACUGCUGCUGCCGCUGCUGCUUCUGCUGCUGCUUAUGCUGCUGCUCCUGCUGCUGCUGCUAUGGGCGGAAGUUCUGCUGGCAGCGGUGGUGCCACCUCUGCCGCUGCUGGGGGCACCGACUCUGAUGGUGCUGACGUGGCAGGGGUGCAUGGUGCCAGCUGUCACAGCACUCUGCUGGAGCUGUGGACGUGUCUGCAGGAUGACGUCAGCAAGUGGCUUGAGGCGCGGCCCAAGGAGGCGGUUGGGAACGCUGCCUCAGCAGUGGCUGCACUGGCAUCAUUCGCCUCCCACCCCAACUCCAAGCGACACACACAACCAGCAGCAGCAUCGCCAGCCAACCCUGUAUCACACACCUCCCUCACAUCCCCAUCGCCCUCCUCCCCUUCUCCCGACUCCUUUUCCGCCCUCCCCCCCACCACCCCCCCUGUGGAAGCGCUAUUUCCCUGGGUGGCUGAUUUGAAGCACGUGCUGCCCGCGCCCUCUCUCACCGCUGCUGUGGCCGUGGCGGCUUCAGAGGCAGCAGCCGCUGUCAAGGGCGAUGAGAGCAAGGUACAGGCCCUGCAGAGCCUUUCCCUGCGCCUCAUCCUCUCGCACAGCCCAGCUGAGCUGGCAGCAAUCCGAGCAGCUCUUGAGAGGGAGCGCCGCCACGUCAGCGCUCUCCUAGCUGACAUGGAUCAGCCAGCCUAUGUGAUAACUGCUUCCGCCAAUGCAGCUGCUGGGGCUGUUGCUGCUGGUACUGCUGCUGCUGGUGCUGCUGCUGCUGGUGCUGCUGCUGCUGGUGCUGCUGCUGCUGGUGCUGCUGCUGCUGGUGCUGCUGCUGGUGCUGCUGCUGCAGCUUCAGCUGAUACUAACCAUUUCACAGCUACUGCUGCCGUUGUUUCGCAUGGUAUUGCUCCUGCCGCCCCUGCUGCUAAUACUGCUCCUGCUGAUUUUGUCGCUGCUGCUGCCACUCCCGCUUUGCAGCCCGGAUUGACCACCGACACUUUGAUUCGGCCACCAACGCCCCCCACCCCUCCGCACCCGAAACCGCCAGGUAUGGUGAGAGGGGGUAGGCGGUCAGGGGCCAGGGCUGCUCCUGGUGCUGGUGGUGGUGGUGCUGCUGCCGCUGGUGGCGCUGGCGGUGGUGGUGGUGGCGCUGGUGGUGCUCCUGCAACAGUAUCUCCAGCUGUUGGUGAUGCCAGGAUGGCAGCAGCAGGAGCACCAGCAACACGAGACGCUGAGCGAUUGAGAAAGAGGCCACACCCAUCCCGUUCUGUGGAGGAACUCAGGGACGAAUCCGUGCAGCAGCAGCAGCAGCAGCAGCAGCAGCAGCAGCAGCAGCAGCAGCAGCAGCAGCAAGGGGAAGAUGGGCGCAGAGGACGCUCGAAAAGGCGAAGAGGAGCUUCUGUGCGUGUUGGUAGAGAGGGGGCGGGUGAGGGACAUGCAGGUGCCACGUGGGAAACAGAGUGUGAGACGGUGGCACGUGCAGCAAUGCAGGCAGGCGCGAAGGAAAGGGAGCUUCCAGGUGGGGGUGAAGCAGAGGGUGGUGCCAGUGUGGGGGCAGACGAGGGCGUGGGGGCAGAGAGAGCAGCGGCGGGAAGGAGGUCUGUUGCGAAAGGAGCAGGAAGAGGAGCAGCAGGAGUGGCAAGAGCAGCAGGAGCAUCGGGUUCAGGUAGAGGAGUGCAAUCCACAAGAGCAAGGGCGCCAGCAGCAGCAGCAGCAGUGGUGGCAAGAAGCCGGGGAAUGAGGGCGAUGAGAGGGAUGGGGCAGAGACAAGCGGCGGCCGUGUGGGGAAGCAGAGGGAGAAGGCUGGUGGGUGGUGUGGGCGUGGGAGUGGGGCGAUGUGGAAGGGGUGGAAGAAGGAGUAGAGUGGGGCGAGGUGUUGGAGUAGGUGUGGGGGGAGAGGCAGCAGUAAUGGCAGACACGGGAGCGGGAAAGGCAGGACUGGUGGGAAGUGAGGGGGGUUUGGGGGAGAGUGCGGGGCUGCAGGGAGUGAGUGGCGCAGGGGAGGAGGAGGGUGCGGGCAUAGCUAGGGUAGGGCGGAAGAGGAGGAGAGGGAUGUCUAUUGGCGAGACGGGGAAUGCAGUGAUGCGAGCAGCACCAACAGGAUCAGCACCAACAGGAGCAGCAGCAACAGCAGCAGCAGCAGUGGGGGGGAAAUCCGUGCCGCAACGAUUACAAGCAACUUCAGCAGAUUCUCUUACUGACCCUGCCACAGCCCCUCCCUACAGCCACCAUGGUACCACCUCCAUACAAGCACAUCCCCGCCCCCUCUCCACACGCACGCUCCGCUCCUCCUCUUAUCCUGUGCCAACAGAGCCAGGUUCGGAUGACGAGUCCUCGGAAGACCUUGGGGAUCCGAGCGUGGGGUCGCCAGGCAGCUCGGGGGGGCUGCCUCGGAUCCUGUCUCUGGGGGGGCUGGAGGGGAUGGAGGGGAUGGGGUUUGAGGGGUUCGACGGGGAGAUAGACCUGGAGGACAUGGGGGAGCUGGACGAUGCUGGCCUGGGGUUUGACUGAUGGGGCUGGGCUGGGCUGGGGUGUCUCCACGUGCAGUUGAGUCGACUCAGAACACACCAAGCAGCUUGUGGGGCUGCCUCGGGUGCUGUCCCCGGAGGGCCUGGGGUCCUGGGGAUGGAGGGGAUGGAGGGGAUGGGGUCUGAGGGGUUUGAUGGGGAGGUUGAUCCGAAUGACAUGGGGGAGUUGGAUUGGAUGAUGGGGGGCUUGGGUUUGAGUGAUGCUUCAGGGUUUGGGUUUGGGGUGAUGCUUUGGGGUUGGGCUUGAGUGGUCAAUGGUCAUGCAGGGUUCUGCUUUGGGUGAUGAUGGGGGUUGAAUUUGGAGUUCUGUCUGUAUCCUUCACUGGGGUGUGCAGGUAAGAGUGCGUGCCCAUUUUUAGCUGUUCUUUUGCGGGGGUAGUAAGAGCCUUGCACAUUGAAAUGUUUGGCUUAGUCUGCACUAGUCAGUUUAGGACCAUAUGGUGGCCAGAAGAGCAGAGUACUGCUCAUUUCGUAUUCAUUCUGCUGUUGAUCAUCGUAUGGCCCUCUGGUAUUCUUUGUUUAGUUAAUUUCAUUGCUUUUUGUAUGGUGGACUGGAUGGACGGUUCAUCUUUCUUGUGUUAUACAAUAUGAUGCAUACGAUACUAUAGUUGAAGUGGGGUAGUCUUGUAGCGCCAUCAUUGGUGUCGUCUAGUUUUCCAAGUAUUCGUACAUGAUAUGCCCCUCUCGUAUAAUGUAACACUGCUUAUCUAUAUCAGAAAACCUCCCCC